UAUCGUGGUUGGCCAUUUUUGGUCAUUUCGUCGUCCACUCGCGUCAAAUACUGGUAAUAACAGCAGUGAUUCAAAUCAUUCAUCCGCACCGGACCUUUCGUUGAACUGCGCGUCGGGAUGUUGUCAUGGGAGGCACCGUGUCGUUACAUAACGUGCAUUGGCGUUAAUCUUUAGUCUUUAUCCUACGUGAACGGUGCAUCAAGGCUGUUUUCCAUGCCAUAUACCGAAGAUUGUGUUUAAAAAAAAAAACACUAAAAGUGUCCCUGCUGCGGCAAGUUGAGCCUGAAGAGGGCAAUGUCGGACAACAGCAACAGCACCGGCAGCAGUGGCUCCUCAACCAAUAGCUGGACCCUCCUGUCCCCCGAGGAAGCAGCUGGCGACAACGUGGGGCCAGUGGAUGAUGGCACGGAGAGCCUGGGCGAUGCCCCCAGUCUGUCUGAGGACAUGGCAGCAGGUGCUGCGAUGGAGUUCAAGCCAAGUGACAUUCCAGUAGAGAGUGUCUUAUCAGAGGAAGGCCACCAGGUGUGUCAGGAGACCUCCCCAGCGUCCGGCGAGGGUCCCAUCCCCUCCAUUCCAAGCCCACCCAGCCCCUAUCCACCAGAACCGGACACCGAGAGCCAAGCUCCCAUCAUUCACGACAUCGUAACAAGCUCGCCCAGCGACAACGAGCACCUGUGCAGCGUGCCCUUUGUCUCCAGCAUCGAUUUCCUGGCGCCCCAGGAUAUCGCUGUCGCCGCUGCAGAUGAGCCAGAGGACACCCUCCUUGAUGCCGCACUGACGGAGAGGCUUGUCACUGAGGAACCAGAGGCUGACACCCCGGUUAGACUCGCUGAAGAGUCACAGGUGGAUGUCCCCACUGAGACCACCGCACUCUCUGAGGUUCCCAGCCUGGUAGAACCAGCACGGGCAGAAUCAGACAGCCCUGCUCAUGAGGACCUUGUCCCGGAAACAGUUUGUGCUGCAGAAGAGGAGCCUAAUGAAGAGGAGGAUGUAUUAAUGCAGGAGGAAGAGAAGGAAGAUGAAGAAUUCCCCGCUAGCUUCAACAUGGAGAUCUCAAGUGGCCAUGGACUCCGGAGGAGGGCUUUCCAAUCCUCUGACACAGCAAGGUCAAAAGCGUCGGAGGAGGAAGACGAGGAGGGAGAAGGGGAGGAGGAGGAGGAUGAGGAGGUGGAGUUAAGGCUGGUGGAGAAGGAUGAGGACAAGUCCUGGUGGUCCAUGAACAAGUGCGUGGUGGGGGCUGCUAUCCUGCUCUUCUUGGGCUCCCUCUUCCUCUCUGGUGACUUUGACGCCUCCGAAGUCAGCAAUGGAGAACCAAGCCAGGACAGGCCAAGCAGCAGCAAUCUACAGGAAAUGAAGGCACUGUUAGACAAACUGAUGAAGGAAAACCAACGUAUCACUCUUCUUGAGACUCACCUGCAAUCUCAGAUAAAUGAGCUUGACACAGCGGUGUCGACGAGCGGCGACAUACUGGAGAAAGCGGAUCUGGAAAGGGUAAGCGCGAAUCUGGGCGAGGAGCUGUCAUCUAUGGUGCACUUGAAGAAAGAACUGGAAAGUCUGCGGGCCAGGGUGACUGAACUAAGCCUGCUUGCAGCUGACCUGGAAUCCAGUGAAACCCAGCCAGCACCGUCAAGCUCCGCCCCUGGUCCUGCUGAACCAGAGAAGAAGGGCAAGGUGAAGGAGGCGCUAAAAAGGCAGAAGGUUCUCCUGGACGAAAGCAAGACGAGGCUGCAAGGGAUGAAAAAAGAUGGCGGCCACCGCAGGGCAGUGACUGAUAGCCUUGAGGAGAUCCGGAGGGAGCUCUCCGACCAGGUGGAGCGGUGGGGCGUCAGGCGGUCGCUGGGGCCCCAAGGGAAACGGAGCAAGAGCAAAGACAAGGAGCGGAAAGGGGACAAAGAUGGCAGGAAAGAAGAGGGGAAGUCUCCAAAGCCCAACUCUCACAAGGAAUCAUGGCGGAAGAAUCAGGAUGAGUGGGAGACCAAGAAGCAUGAGCGCCGCCAAGAUAGGGAGGAGAGGAGGAAGGAGAAACCAUGGCACAGUCGUCAGGCUUCACACCAGCAGCAGCAAUCCCGCAAGCCCCAUAUCAACGCAGGUGACUUCUGGAGAGACCAGGAGCAGAAGCUGAAACGCAACAUCCGCCCCCGGACGUCCUGCACCUCUGUGGAGGACUGCGCUGCUAAGGAGGGCCUCUACCCGGUGGAGCUACCCGAAUUCGAAGAGCUGCUGGAUGGCUACCUGAGCAAGCUGGAGGGGACGCCGCCCUUCAGCAAGGACGCCAUCCGUAGGCUGGCCUCCACCUUCUUCAGAGACGGCGUCUUCAUGCACGACCAGGUGAUGUUCGCCGACUUUGCCGAGGACGUGGCGGACAUCCUGGAGGACAUGGUGGACGUGGUGGAGGACGGCCGGCGCAGGGGAAACGACUCCCUGGAGGAGGAGAUGGAGGAGUUUGAGAGGGAGGCCCUGUGGAAGUUUGCCACCACCGCCUGAGCCGGAUUUCCACACUUGGGGGGGAUUCUGGGAGCUGUAAUUGUAGUCCACACACAUCCCUCUGAGUCCAUCAUACGCUCCACUUGUUCUCGGCUGUUUCUCCUACGUUGUGGUUUGUCUCCGCUGCUGUUCUGUGUGGACUUUUCUUCACAUUGUUCCUCUUCCUGCUGCUGCUUACCUCCUGCAUGUCGAGUCAUCAAGUUAGGACGGAUUCUUGGAGCGUUCUUGGCGCUAAAUCCCAGUGGAUCAAUCGACAUCCAUCUUCCCUUGUGUCGAGCCGGUUCGACCAGUUUGAGGAGGCCAGCUUUUUAUUCGACUUGUACAAACAGGGCAAAAAAUAAUCCACAGCGGUGCUCAUACUCCUGAAGAUUUAGUGAUGUGAAAGCUGGACUUGAUGUUUGACACGAGUGGGGGGGGUCCCUUGGGAACGUGUGGUGCACAACUACUACAGAAAACAAGUAUUAACCUUUCUUUCCCAAAUGCACUACAGACAAGUAGCAUAUGUAAACAAAAGUAUUGGGACUAUCUUCUCAAGGGACAAUUCUGUGGGCUUGAAACUUGGUUGUAUGUUGUACUAUUUGGUAGUCGGUGCACCACGUGUGGGCUGCACGGAGGUCGAGUGGUUGGCACGCGGCCCUCACAGCUUCCACCCUCGGCCAUAUGUGUGUGGAGUUUGCAUGCUAGGUUAAUUGGCCACUCCAAAUUGUCCAUAGGUAUGAAUGUGAGUGUGAAUGGUUGUUUGUCUAUAUGUGCCCUGUGAUUGGCUUUCCACCAGUCCAGGGUGUGGGAUAGGCUCCAGCACCCCCCGCAAUCCUCAUGAGGAUAAGUGGUAGAAAAUGAAUGAACUUGUCAAUUAACAAGAACAAAGUCAUAAAUUGACAACAUUUUCGUCUCCUAAAUUUGUAUUGAGUAUUGUCAUAAAUUUAAGUUAAAGUCGUAAAUUUCUGUUUAAAGUUUUCUGUACUCUUAAAAGUUGUCUUAAUUGGCGAUUCCAAAUUGUCCAUAGGUAUGAAUGGGAGUGUGAAUGGUUGUUUAUCUAUAUGUGCCCUGUGAUUGGCUGGCCACCAGUCCAGGGUGUACCCGCCUCUCGCCCGAUGACAGCUGGGAUAAGCUCCAGCAACCCCGACCCCUCCUCCCGUGACCCUAGUGAGUAGCGUGUAUCAUGGUAGAAAUGACUACUAUACAGUAUGUACACCCAAAGGUUUGGGACACAUGCAGGCGUGUAUGAUAUGAUAUAUAAUAAUCAAGAUGUCAACUUGAGCAAUGAAGUCCCAGUACUUUUGUCCUUGUUUAUAUUGAGUACACACAAGUAAUGCAGUAUAGUUUGUGUGGGAAGAAAAAGCUGCUUUUUUGGGAUAUUUGGUUGACUGAUGAAUGGUACAAGAGUUUUUGAAGUGAAGUUAUUUAUUUAGUGCUGCCACACUUUUGUUUUGGAAAGUGUUGAAGUCAAACAAACGUGAAUGUGCUCAAUGUUAAAUCUGCUUAACGUGCCUUUGUUGCUAGAAGUAAAAGUAUUACUGCUAAGAGUAUUAGAGGUUUCAUGGGGAUGAGUGGCAACAUUUCUUCAAGGAACAUUUAUUUGUAUUUAGACCAAAGGGGUUGGAAGUUACAGAUGCAUCUUCAUGAGUUGAUUUCUGGGACAAUAUGGAGCUAUGUUUCCUCGAGUGCAUGUAGUUUUCUUUUUAUUUGCUUCACUCCCAGGAUUCUGUCCAGUGUUACGUUCAAUAAAUUAUCACCAGAGUCUAA